AUGAAAGUGACUCAGAAUAAUUCGGAGAAAAUCUUCUGGGAUCCGAUUAGAACUCCAUCCGGGGCACCCAUUUCUAUGUCGGGUUCGCAGGGUAAAUCCUUGCCUAAGCUCAUGGUGUGGCUGAUUUUGUUCGUUUCAGCCACUUAUUUAGUGUACACAUUGAAGCUCCUUUCCUCUCCCCCUAGUUGCGAUGAAGAUAUUUUCCUUACUCGCCGCAAUAGCAUUUCCCUUCACAAAUCAUCGAACAACACAUUUUCAACAACAUCAUCGACGAUAUCCCCUAAUCAACUGGAUGAGAAAACGGGUUUGGAACACAUAGCUUUUGGCAUUGCAGCAUCGGCCAAGCUAUGGCAAAAGCGAAAGGAGUACAUAAAGUUAUGGUGGAAACCUGAGAGGAAAAUGAGGGGCAUUGUUUGGCUUGAUAGCCAUGUAAAAGCUUAUAGAAAUGAAUCUGGGAGCCUCCCACAAUUGAGAAUCUCGGGUGACACGUCGAGAUUUUCUUACAAGAAUAAGCAGGGACACCGAUCCGCUAUUCGGAUUUCUCGUAUAGUAUCGGAGACAUUAAGGUUGGGGAUGGAGAAUGUAAGAUGGUUUGUGAUGGGAGAUGAUGAUACAGUGUUCGUAACAGAUAAUUUGAACAUUUAUUUUUCUUAUGGAAUGGCUUAUGGAGGUGGGGGUUUUGCUAUAAGCUACCCUUUGGCUAAGGCUCUUGAGAAAAUGCAAGAUAGGUGCAUUCAGAGGUACCCUGGAUUGUAUGGGUCUGAUGAUAGAAUGCAGGCUUGUAUGGCUGAACUCGGUGUUCCACUCACUAAAGAACUCGGUUUUCACCAGUAUGACGUAUAUGGGAACCUGUUUGGCCUUUUAGCAGCACACCCUGUCACCCCAUUGGUGUCUUUACACCACCUUGAUGUGGUGGAGCCGAUUUUUCCCAAUGUUACUCGAGUGCAAGCUCUCCAACGUUUGAAAAUUCCGAUGAGUCUUGAUUCGGCUGGUUUAAUGCAACAAUCCAUUUGCUAUGACAAAACAAAUGAUUGGACAGUUUCUGUUUCUUGGGGAUUUGCUGUUCAAAUAUUUCGUGGGGUGUUAUCACCCCGGGAGAUGGAGAUGCCAUCAAGGACUUUCUUGAAUUGGUAUCGAAGAGCUGAUUACACAGCGUAUGCAUUCAACACAAGGCCGGUUAUGAGAAACCCGUGUCAGAAGCCAUUUGUGUUUUACUUGUCAAAAGCAAGAAUGAAUUAUCAUACAAAUCAAACACUGAGCGAAUACACUCGCCAUAUAGUUCCUCAUCCACAAUGCAGAUGGAAGAUGGCUGACCCGGCUGAAGUUGAGAGAGUGGAGGUUCACAAGAAACCCGACCCAUUGCUCUGGAAUAGGUCUCCAAGGAGAAAUUGUUGCCGAGUCGUGGAAUCAAAGAGGAAAGGCAUGGUUAUAGAUGUGGGCUUAUGUAGGGAAGGUGAGAUCAGCGAAGUAUUAACGACGAAGACCUAA